GCGCUCGCGCCGUGCAGAUGUGUCGCAGAUUUUUGUAAAGUCACGGGACACGCUGGAAACAACCGGCUGGAGGAAGUCGCUCCGGACCACCAGGCCGGUAAACUGCACCCAGGUGGACCGGGGAGGAAGAGGACCUAUCCGACGCCCCCGCUGUCACGACCCGGUAGUCCCGGUAGCCCCGGUUUACUUUUGACAGCUACGAGCCCGGAGGACCGCGGGAGCGCGCACGGAGAUGGAGCUGUCGGCGAUGGGGGAGCAAGUGUUUGCUGUGGAGUCCAUCGUCAAGAAAAGAGUAAAAAAGGGGAACGUGGAGUAUCUGUUGAAGUGGAAAGGCUGGCCUCCCAAGUACAGCACGUGGGAGCCCGAGGAUCACAUCCUGGACCGGCGCCUGGUGCAGGUCUACGAGGAGAAGGAGCAGAGAGAGAGAACUGUGGGGACCAGGAGGAGAGGACCCAAAGCCAAAGGACUCGUUGAGCAGGACAUCAUCCACACCAUGGAUCUCCGCAGCGCUCACAAGACUCCGGAGCAACCUCCGCCUCGCCUGCGUCUCUCCCUCACGCGCUCCCUGCUCCCCGGGGACGAGGAUGAGGAAGAGGAUGAGGACGAGGAUGAGGAAGAGGACGAGGAUCGAGACCCACAAUAUCGAGAGAGCGAACCCAGGAGGUCGCAGCACAUGUGCCUGGACUCCAACCCUCCGAGUCCCACACAGGAGGACUGGGAAGAGGAGGAGGAGGAGGAGGAGGAGGACAAUGUAGAAAGUGGAGAGGAUGGAGAGGAAGAGGAGGAGGAGGAGAAAGAGGAGACAAUAGAGAAGAGCGGAGGCACUUUGAAUGGGCAGGACAGGGCGGACGAGCGGAGAAGCGCCGCCAUAGGGCCGGACGAGGUCGCCGCGCCGCCGGAGAAGCCGGACGCCGUCUGGAGGCCCGCCCUCACGGGGGUGGCGGUCACGGACGUCACCCUCAACUCCCUCACGGUGACCUUCCGAGAGGCGAGGGUGCCCAAGGGCUUCUUCAGAGACUGAGGCCAGGAGGCGUGACGUCCGGACUGGGUUUUUGGUGGCGUGGAGAUGUUGACGGAGGCGCCGCCGCCGUCUGGAUUUCCUCUCGCUCUGCUCUUCCCACAUCGCCUGCUACUUCCUGUCUGGCCUGCAGUCACCAGGACGUACGCCGAGCUGAGGCUCGGACACGACGGCCAGAUGCAGGUCGGCGCUUCCAGAGAGCAGCUGACGUCCUGUUGUGCAUCUGUUGGUCAUGUGACAUCGUAGCUGAGUUCAGUGAGUUGUUGAUGUUGGUUAUAACAGCUUUAUUACACACUACCCGUCAACACUUUUAGAACACCUCAAUUCUCCCAGUUUUUUAUUGAGAUGUGAGCAGUUUAAGUAAAAAGUUUAGGUAACCAAAAACUGAAAAAUAAUGUACAUUUGAGAGUUCUACAAAAAGGCCUUUUUCUGGUAACAAGUAAUGAGUUAAUAACCUGCAGCUGUUCUGCAAGUUCAGGAAGUAAAUUGAACUUUGAAAGUUGAUGCUAACAAUUCCGACAGGUGUCUCAACUUGUGUUGAUUACCGUCUGUAUCAAAGCCGUGUGGUAACAGACUGUUACUACACCCUCUGAAGCUCUAUGUGGACAGUGUUGUGCUACAGGAAGUUGUAUAUUGCUCUUAUAAUGGAAAGAAAAAGGCAAUUAACAAAGGAAUAUUUAUGUAUAUUUAUUUCUCCUUUAAAGAUACCUGUGUGGCCUGAAUGUAUAUUUAUUCAUCCUUUAAAGAUACCUGUGUGGCCUGAAUGUAUAUUUAUUCAUCCUUUAAAGAUACCUGUGUGGCCUGAAUGUAUAUUUAUUCAUUAUUUUUGGACCUGUAUAGAAUAUAUUUCUAUGGUAAUACUAAAAUAAAUGUUGCUCAUAUUUAAUGUUAUUUUAA